AUGAUUUGCAUAAGUGUAUACUCUAUUACUCUUAUUUUCACAUUAAUAUUCCAAUUGAUACAAGUAAAUAGUCAACUUAUUGGUCAAGGAAUACCAUGUACAAAAGAAGGUGCUAAAAUCAAUUUGGCAGACGUAACACGUGGUUUAGUUACCUCACCUUGUUAUCAUUGCAUAUGUAAGGUUGGCGUUAUUCAUUUACUUUACUGGACAAUUUAA